UCCAAGUUGAUCGAGAAUCCAUUCCAUCCUCAGAAAUUAACAGUAAAUCUGGUUGGACAAUUAAGGCAAGACGGGUCUGCCUCUGUGGAUGUUGGGCCUCAGCGUCGAGCGCCUCCGGGCCGACAUGAAUCGCCUCCUGGCAAUGCUCUUCCACCAGGGAGUGUUGGACGAGCAGUUCCUGCAGCUGCAGCAGCUGCAAGACGAAUCCUCCCCCAACUUUGUCUCCGAGGUUGUCAACAUCUAUUUCAACGAGUCCGAGAAGCUCCUCAGAAACCUCAGAGAAUUGCUGACGGAGAAGGAAUUCUCAGACUACAGGAAGAUGGGGAGCCAUUUGAACCAGCUGAUAGGGAGCAGCUCCAGCAUCGGCGCCCACCGCAUCCGUACCGUCUGCCUCGCCUUCCGCGCCGCUUCCGACCUAAACAACCGUACCGGGUGUUUGAGGGCUUUGGAGGCGCUUGAAUGCGAGUACUGCUACCUCAAGAACAAGCUGCACGAGCUCUUCCAGAUUGAGCAGCAGAGAAUGCUGGCAGCUGCAGUGAGAUACCCCCAAAACAACAAUCCCUAGCUUAGCUAGCCCAUGACCAUGUAUGCAACAACGUAACCUACCACCUCCUGGAUUAUCGAAUCAAAUGAAAUCAAUUAAGUGAGCUGAGCUGACUUUCGUGGUUUUCUGGGAAAUUGAAUGCAUUCAAAGAUUGUCGCUGCGUUUUGCUUCUGUUCUGUUCUGUUGGGAUUCCCAGGAGACGAGACAACGUACCAAACUCCCAUUUUUAUUACACAAGUGGUAAAUUUAGUAUUUCUAUAUACACAUAGUAGUUAAUAUUAAUGGCUGGCAGGCAGGCAGGCAGGCAGGGAGGGAGGGAGGCAGCUUUUACUUACUGCUGCUGGUGCUUGGAAAUUAAUUAAAUUAAACUGCUGCAUGCCACUUUUCUUGAUAUUGUAAUUGUAAGGAAUGAAUGCAUGCUUGCCCUUCCCUUCCAUUCAUUUCCUUCAUUUAAUUAACAAGAGAA